UUCACCUAAUAAUACAAACCUACUGCGACCAUCAAAACCGGAGCCCAGUGACAGAGGCACGCAUCGCUGCGACCCUGCUUCAGUGGCGUCCCUGAAUCGCGUCUUCACUUCUUAUUCGUGCUUCAUUCCUUCUUCACCGCACCAGUCACCCACCGGUUCUCUCUGGUGCUCUCGCCUUGCUCACCUCCCUGCCAGCAGCUCGUUGCCGUCUUCGUUGGCAGUUGCUGCCGCCGCCCACCAGUCCCUUUCGUGCAGUGCUGCAGUUUCAGACUUUCAGAUAAAUACUAAUGGGAGGAGGAUAGCUUAUUAAAAUGGUUUAUAAGAAGCACAUUAAUGGAUAAUUCUUCCAUCUCAUGCUUCUAUCUUGAUGUAGACACAUUUGUUACAUAAAUUUGAUCUGAGACCAUAACAAAUUCUCUCGCCAUAGUAUUAUGAUUCUCCCUACAACAUUCAGUUUCAGCCUCACAAACUCUCGUUAUUACAACUCUGCCACUAUUCCCCACCACCUCCUCCUCCGCCUCCUUCAGCUCUGCGUCGACCACUGCUCCCUCAAACUCACCCACCAAUCCCACUCUCAAAUCCUCACAAAUGGCUUCUCCCAAGACCCCUUCCUCCUCACAAGGCUCAUCUCUGCUUACGCCACCUGCGGAUAUUCAAACUUCUCCAGGCGCGUUUUUGAGACCCUUGACGCCAAGAACGUCUACCUUUGGAACUCAAUGAUCAAUGCUUAUGCCAAAAAUCGCCACUUUUUUGGGGCACUCGAAUUGUUCCGCCAAAUGGGUCCUAGCGUUUUGCCCGAUGAUUACACUCUAGCAACUGUUUCCAAGGUUUGUGGCGAGCUUGAGGACCUGAUUUGUGGGAAGGUGGUUCAUGGGAAGAGCAUGAGGAUUGGGUUUUUGUCUGAUGUUGUUGUUGCAAAUUCUGUAAUGGCAAUGUAUAAUAGGUGUGGGAUGUUUAGUGAUGCGAUGAAGGUGUUUGACGAAAUGCCUCACAGGACUGUGAGUUCGUUUAAUGUUAUAAUUUCUGGGUUUGCCGCUUUGGAAAGAUGUGGUUCUUAUUCCAGUGAUGGUUUCUGGUUGAAGUUUUUUAUGAGAAUGCAAUCUGAAGGGUUUGAGCCUGAUGCUUUCACAGUUGCAAGUCUCUUGCCUAUGUGUUGUGCUGGUAGUAGUGAGAAAUGGGAUUAUGGGAGGGAAAUCCACUGUUAUCUUGUGAAGAAUGGGUUGGAUUUGAAUAUGGGUUCUGAUGUUCAUGUAGGAUCUUCUUUGAUAGAUAUGUAUUCGAGGAGUGGUAAGGUUGUUCUUGGUAGGGCAGUGUUUGAUCAAAUGAAGAGCAGAAAUGUUUAUGUGUGGACGGCGAUGAUCAAUGGUUAUGUAGAGAACAGAGAGCCUGAGCAUGCAUUGGUUAUGUUCCGUGAGAUGCAAGCAAAGGAUGGAGCACAACCCAAUAAAGUGUCACUCGUUAGUGUGCUUCCAGCUUGUGGCUUGCUUGCUGGGUUAACUGGUGGGAAACAAGUCCAUGCAUUUGCUAUAAAAAUGGAGCUAAAUGAUGAUGUUUCCCUAUGUAAUGCUUUAAUAGAUAUGUAUUCCAAAUGUGGGAGUUUGGAAUAUGGUAGACGAGUGUUUGACAAUAUUUUGUACUCCAAAGAUGGUAUCUCUUGGGGUUCAAUGAUAUCUGCAUACGGAUUACAUGGAAGAGGUGAAGAAGCUGUUGCCACAUAUUAUGAAAUGCUCAAGCAAGGGAUUAAACCAGAUAUGAUAACAGUUGUUGGUGUUCUUUCUGCUUGUAGCAAGUCAGGAUUGGUUGAUGAAGGCAUUGAUAUAUUUAACUCACUAAUGACUAAGCAUGAAAUGCAACCAACAAUUGAAAUUUGUGCUUGUGUUGUCGACAUGUUAGGUCGAUCAGGCCGGCUUGAUCAAGCCUUAAAUUUCAUAAAAGAAAUGCCUCUUUAUCCCAGUCCAAGUGUCUGGGGAUCUCUUUUAAGUGCUUCUAUAAUACAUGGAAAUUCAACGACAAGAGACCUGGCGUAUAGGUGUCUCUUAGAGCUAGAACCUGAAAAUCCUUCGAAUUACAUCUCACUUUCGAAUACAUAUGCUUCCGAUAGAAGAUGGGAUGUGGUAACUGAGGUGAGAACAAUGAUGAAAGAAAGAGGCUUAAGAAAAGUUCCAGGUUGCAGUUGGAUAACUAUCAGUGGAAAGACUCAUUCCUUUAUGGUUGCUGACAAAGCUCAUCCAUCUUCUGAUUUAAUCUAUGAAAUGUUGGUUGACAUGGUAUCAGUAAUGACAGGAGAUGUUUAUGAUGAUAUUGAUAUUCUUCCAUGAAUUUCCUUGUAAUGAUUAAUGAGCCUGUAAGUGAGAGCAAACAUAAAAAAUCAGUUUGCCAAAGAGGUCAGCCAUCUCUGAUACUAUGCUUGAUCUUCCCUGACUCAAAAUUUGAUGUGCUAUUCAUUGGUCAAGUGAGAGCAAGAACACAAAACCCAGCUUAUGAUUCCUUAAAAAAGUUCUCUUAAGGUUCCAUCAUGCUUGGGGAAACAUUUCGUAUAACGUGAUGAAAUGACCUUAAUCAGUUAGAAUUAUGUAUUACAAUAGUGGAUCUGACUAUCAAGAAUCUUGUAAAUUUCUUUACUCCCUCUUUCUCAUGUCUUCUACUUUUUAAGUUCAUUAUCAAUUUAGUGGGUCUGAAUUAGGUUCAGAUAAGACAAGUGGAUAUCCAGAUUUAUGUCCUAAUAAUUUUUUUUUGUUUUCCACGGUAAAAGAAAUGGUGGAUCAAUUCAGGAGCUAAGGCCCAAAAUGCAUUCUCCUGAAGAAAAACAUGCUAAAGUCUAGCCCAAGCCCAAAGAAUUUAAGCCCAAUGAUAGUUGCAAACUCUCCAUUCGAUUGUUUUGCUAAUUCACUUCAUACAGUUGAGUUUUAUGUUUGGAUUCUGGGAAA